GUCGGGGCUGAUCGCGAGCUUUGACAAGAAGAAGAGGGCCCAAAAAUCCGCCGAAGUUGCCAAGUAGAAAUCGUCCUCCUCUGUGUAGGUUACUUCUAUUUUCCUGCAAGCAAGAAAUGCCCAAGAGCAAAGACCCGUGUAAUCAGCACGCUUGCGACAUCCAAGCGUGCCUCCAGAGAAACCACUACGUCAUGGAAAGCUGCCGACAAGUGAUACUCAAUCUUCAGAAGUGCUGCGACGAGUGUGAGAAUCGAUCCAAGCACUGCGCUGCGCUCUCGGGCCUCAUCGCGCAGGUCACUCGAACCGAACCAAAGUGAAACCAUGAAGAUAAUCAAAACGUAGUGAGAUUAUAUGUUUAACCUGCGGUUAGGUGAAAAAAUAAAACUUUUGAGUUGAGGGUGCCAGGAUUGGAACCCGGAAA